AUGAUUGGGAUACUGCUCGUCUUCUUCCCUGCUAUUCUCCUGGAAAUGGACUUCCUCCCCAAGAAUGCUGGCAGGAAGGUUUUGAUCUCAGGUGCUUCUUCCCAAAGAUCGGUAGCUAGAAUGGAAGGUGAUGUCAUUAUAGGAGCUCUCUUCUCUGUCCAUCACCAGCCUCCAGCUGAGAAAGUCCCGGAGAGGAAAUGUGGUGAGAUCCGAGAGCAAUAUGGUAUCCAGAGAGUAGAGGCCAUGUUUCACACUCUGGAUAAAAUUAAUUCUGACCCAGUCCUGCUGCCCAACAUCACUUUAGGAAGUGAAAUCCGAGAUUCCUGUUGGCACUCCUCAGUGGCCUUGGAGCAGAGCAUUGAAUUCAUAAGGGACUCCUUGAUCUCCAUCCGAGAUGAGAAAGAUGCUCUUGGCCGCUGUGUGCCCGACACUACAUUCCACCACCACAUCAACGCCAAAAAACCCAUUGCUGGUGUUAUUGGCCCAGGCUCUAGUUCUGUGGCCAUCCAAGUACAAAAUCUCCUCCAGCUCUUUGACAUCCCCCAAAUUGCUUAUUCUGCAACAAGUAUUGACCUAAGUGACAAAACGUUGUACAAAUACUUCUUAAGGGUGGUCCCAUCUGACAUUCUGCAAGCCAGAGCCAUGCUUGACAUAGUCAAACGCUACAACUGGACGUACGUGUCUGCAGUACACACAGAAGGAAAUUAUGGCGAGAGCGGCAUGGAAGCCUUCAAAGAGCUGGCUGCCCAAGAAGGUCUUUGCAUUGCUCAUUCGGACAAGAUCUACAGCAAUGCGGGAGAAAAGAGCUUUGACCGAUUGUUGCAGAAGCUCCGGGACAGGUUGCCGAAGGCCCGAGUUGUGGUCUGCUUCUGUGAAGGAAUGACUGUCAGGGGGAUUCUCAUAGCUAUGAGGCGACUGAAGGUGCUGGGGGAACUUCUCCUGAUUGGGAGUGACGGAUGGGCAGAUAGAGAUGAAGUGAUUGAAGGGUACGAGGCUGAAGCAAACGGAGGCAUCACAAUCAAGCUGCAGUCUCCAGAAGUCUUGUCCUUUGAUGAUUAUUUUUUGAAACUGCAUUUGGAGGAGAACACAAGAAAUCCCUGGUUCCCAGAAUUUUGGCAGCACAGAUUCCAGUGUCGCCUGCCGGGACAUCCGCUGGAGAACCCCAACUUUCAGAAGAACUGCACUGGGAAUGAAAGUUUAGAAGAAAACUAUGUCCAGGACAGUAAAAUGGGAUUUGUUAUCAAUGCCAUAUACGCUAUGGCCCAUGGCCUACAAAGCAUGCAUCAUGCCCUUUGUCCAGGACAUGUUGGACUAUGUGAUGCCAUGAAGCCCAUUGAUGGUAGCAAGCUCUUGGAUUUUCUCCUAAAUUCUUCAUUCAUUGGAGUUUCAGGAGAAGAAGUACGGAUUGAUGGAAAUGGAGAUGCCCCUGGAAGGUACGACAUCAUGAACCUGCAGCACAUAGGGUAUCAGCAUUAUGACUAUGUUUAUAUUGGCACCUGGCACGAAGGGGUAUUGAAUAUUGAUGAUAAUCGGAUUCAGAUGAACAAAAGUGGAAUGGUCCGAUCAGUGUGCAGUGACCCCUGUUUGAAAGGUCAGAUUAAGGUUAUAAGGAAGGGGGAAGUGAGUUGCUGCUGGAUUUGCACGGCUUGCAAGGAGAACGAAUUUGUUCAGGACGAGUUCACAUGUAAGGCUUGUGAACUGGGAUGGUGGCCUAAUGUUGACCUGACAGGCUGUGAACCAAUUCCUGUAAAAUAUCUUCAGUGGAGUGAUAUAGAGUCUAUUGUGGCUGUGGUCUUCUCCUGCCUGGGCAUCCUGGUCACCAUGUUUGUUACACUGAUCUUUGCACUCUACAGGGACACCCCUGUUGUCAAAUCAUCAAGCCGGGAGCUCUGCUACAUUAUCCUUGCUGGGAUAUUCCUUGGCUAUAUCUGCCCCUUUACCCUUAUAGCUAAACCCACUGUCACUUCAUGCUACCUCCAACGCCUCCUUGUGGGGCUUUCCUCUGCCAUGUGUUACUCUGCCCUUGUAACCAAAACCAACCGCAUUGCACGCAUUCUGGCAGGGAGCAAGAAAAAAAUCUGUACCCGUAAACCACGUUUCAUGAGUGCUUGGGCUCAAGUGGUCAUUGCCUCCAUUUUGAUCAGUGUACAGCUAACAUUGGUAAUUACCCUGAUCAUCAUGGAACCUCCUAUGCCAAUCCUUUCCUACCCUAGCAUCAAGGAAGUCUUCCUGAUCUGCAACACCAGCAACUUAGGUGUGGUCGCUCCGGUGGGCUACAAUGGACUGCUUAUCAUGAGUUGCACUUACUAUGCCUUCAAAACUCGCAACGUACCCGCAAAUUUCAAUGAAGCCAAGUACAUUGCCUUCACUAUGUACACUACUUGUAUUAUCUGGCUGGCCUUUGUGCCUAUUUACUUUGGGAGCAACUACGAGAUCAUAACUACUUGCUUUGCGGUGAGCCUGAGUGUGACAGUAGCCUUGGGGUGCAUGUUCACUCCCAAGAUGUACAUCAUCAUUGCCAAACCUGAAAGGAAUGUCCGUAGUGCCUUCACCACUUCUGAUGUGGUGCGUAUGCAUGUCGGGGAUGGCAAGACACCUUGUAGGUCGAACACUUUCCUCAGCAUAUUCCGGAGGAAGAAGCCAGGCACUGGAAACCCAAAUUCUAGGAUCUUAUCCCCAGUGCAGAGAGAGAAGAGGCAGCCAGAAUUCUCGCCCACCAGCCAGUGUCCGUCGGCACAUGUGCAGCUUUGA